AUGUCGUCAUGCACAUAUGACGACAAGGGUGACCCAAAAAGGUAUAUAGCGGCAAUUGAGAGUCAUAUGUUACUAUACACCGACACCGAUGCUGUGUGGUGCAAAGUCUUUCCCACAACACUGGUUGGAGCGGCUUCGGAUUGGUUCACUAAUUUGCAGCCCGGGUCUAUCGGUUGUUUUGACGCGCUAGUUGAAUUAUUUACGGGCCAAUACAUAAGCGACAUCGCAAGGCAGAGAACCUCAGGAGAACUCAUGUCCGUUCAGCAGAGGAAGGACGGAUCACUGAGAGAUUUCGUUCGACGAUUCAAUAAUGAAGCUAAUACCAUACCUAAAUUGCAGCAGAAGAUAGCUGUUAUGGCCUUAAUGAACGGUUUGGCUGAUAGUGACUUCAAGAAGUACAUGGCAAGGAAGUUCUUCCCCAAUCUCGGUGCGGCAUUUAACAAGGCCCAUGAGUACAUUAAGAGUGAAGAACUGUUGAAAGCAAGUAACCAGAUAACAUCAGCAGAGCCGUCUCGACGACAAAACACCUACAUGUCGCCCGAAACCCCCGGUGGGGUCAACAUGCAAAAUCAGCAAAAAGCAAAUAGGCCUGCUAGAGGCCUUGGGCGAUAUAGUAGUUACACUCAGUUAAACACACCCAGGGCCGCAAUUUAUUCAAUAAAUCAGCACAAGGAAGACUGGAAUUGGCCGGCGCCAAUGAUAACGAAGGGCCGAGAUGUGAAGAAAUAUUGUAUGUUUCACAGAGACGUUGGCCAUUAUACUAAAGAGUGUGUCCAAUUGAAAGAAAAUAUCGAAGAUCUUAUCAGAAAGGGGCAUCUGUCUCAGUACCGGUCUCAAGCAGGACCGAGCCGACAGCCCGCACAACCGAUAAGACAUACAUAA